AUGUUCUCCGUCGUCUUACCAGGUCGCCUACCCCUCACCGAGCCCCAGCAAGUCGGUGAAACACAUUGCGUCUUCCCGCUGGAAAACGCCUCGACCAUCUCACACGUCGUCGUCUUCAUGACCGGCGUCCAACCGUUCCCACCCGGCUACUCUGCCACCGUCCACCUUCUCUGGCCUUCCACCAAUGGAUCGUCUGCGGGCGAAUGGAAGCUCCUCGGCUGUCUGCGAAACACCAAACCCAGCGCGAUAUUCAAAGUGACCAAACCGGCUUCGACCCCGGACACUGCCACGCUCGGGAUCAGUAUCGAACCGGAUCAACUGGUCGAUCAGCAGAUCGCCACACUCUCCUCUGCCACCUCUGCUGCAAAUGCGGCACCCGGUACGCAGUUUGCACUGACCUUGCCCGCACCAGCAGCGCAGGGCGGUGAAGCGGCAGCGUUAACCAUUGCGCCCAAGAUCGCCAAAAACGCCUUCUCAUAUCUCAGCUCGUUCGCACCUGACUCGGCACCACAGACCGUUCCACUGCUACAGAAAUGGCUCGAGCAACUGGAACGCAAACUCAGAGCCCAGGGCGUAGGCUUCCUCGACAAGCAGGAGUAA